UUUAGGACUCAGAGCCAGGCAAACUUGUUCGGAGAGCACCGGGACCCCGGGCCCCAUGGCCCUCCCGUCUGAGGCCAGCUACCUGGAAGACAAGUGGGACUCGGUUUUUUCUGCUAUACAAUGGAUACAGUUUAUCAUGGCUACUCUCAGCAUCAUAGGGUCAAGCUCAAUCAUUGCAUAUACUAUCUUCCGGAACAUAAUGAAGUCCCCAGAGAUGAGACCACUUUUGUGCUUGAGUUUCUCGGACCUGCUUCUGGGGACGUGUUGGCUCCUGGGGGCUCUACUGUAUGGGACCCCAACGACCAACGAGGAUGUGGUCUGCUAUAACCUUCAAGCCACAGGCCAGAUCUUCUACAUCUCAUCCUUUCUCUACACCGUCAACUUCACGUGGCACCUUUACAUGGACCUGAAGGUGAAAUACAACCAGAAUGUCUACUCGGCCUCCACAAUGGACUACACCUCCAGAGUUGGAUGGAUAGCUGUUGUUUUGUCCAGCCUAAUUCCUGUGCUGCUGAUGGUACCUGUAUUCUACCUGGGAAAUAGCAGUGAAUGUUUCCAUAACUUCAGCCAGAGUCAUAGGUGUCUCCUGAUGCACUCGCCACCCCCAGCCAUGGCUGAACUCCUGCCCUCCGCCAGCGCUUGGGUCUGCAGGAUCCUCUACUUUUACGGGCUCAUCGUCUUCCUGACCAGCUUCCUGCUCAGUCUCCUUGCUAUCGUGGCCUUACUCAUCCGGGCUCAGGUGCUGUAUAAGAGGUUCGUGAAAUCCACCGGCUUCCUGGGUGAUGAGCAGUGGGCCGCUAUCCGUGUGGUGGAGCAUCGAGUGUGUUUCUAUCCAGCUGCCUUCUUUUGCUGUUGGGGUCCAGCUGCCAUCUUGGUGAUCAUAAAGCUGACUAGGCCAGAGAACACCCAGCUACACAUGGCCCUCUACGUUCUCCAGGCUCUCACAGCAGCAUCCCAGGGUCUGCUCAACUGUGGGGUCUACGGCUGGACGCAACACAGAUUCCACAGGCUCAGGCGGGAGGCCCGGCGGGACGCGGACACUCAGACUCCCCUGUUACGCUCCCAGAAGAGGUUUUACACAGGUUAUCUAGCUGCCCCAGAGUCUAGACCUGCUCCAGCAGGUGCUGCCUCCACUGUCCUCUGAAACUCGAGAAGAACUGGACCCACCAAGGUGGGGACACUCUGCAGAAUUGUACCAGGCAGUGAUGGCGAGGAGGGCCAUGGGAUAUUGCCACUAGGAGCUGCUUGGAACUCUGGUCAUCCCUGUUCCUUCUCCUCCCCUCCCAGUCCCCCUGGCAUUUCAGGCCUCAGAGGAUUAUUGAUUUUGAAGCGUGGAGAGUAGUGACUGGGUUGGUUAUCAGUUGCCCUGGGUAGUGUCUCUUCUCAGUUAUGUUUCCUCUUCUGUCACCACUCAUUUCUAGUUGUAAAGAUCUCAGUUCAGGGAGAUGAGCCCACCCCUACCUCCGGGGAUGGCUAUCAUUACCUCCGGGAGGCUCAGAAUUGUGGAUCUCUCUUGUGGAAACAAAAACGCAGAUAAUUAUUUAUAAAUGUUAUUGUUAGACAUGCA